GCUCAGCACCGCACCCGAGUUCAGAGGAGAACUAGUGAGGGACAGACUGAGGGACAGACUGUGGGACAGACUGAGGGACAGUAGGGGACAGUCAACCCACUCCAGGAUGACGUCGCCUGUUGGUUGUCACCUCCUGGCUAAAGGGGGGAGAGUUCUGUCCGUGUUGGGACUCCUGUUGCUUCUGUGCCCCCAUAUGUGUGUCCCAGGAAAGCCCAAUCUACAGAGUCUUGGCUGUGAUGGCUACCUGGGUUCAGGCAACGUGAUGGACACGUGCGGAGUAUGCGGAGGUGACAACACAACCUGCCGGCUGGUGUCCGGCAUCUUCAAGCACAGCAUGAUGAAGAUGGGAUAUCACAAGAUUGUGGAGAUCCCAGAGGGUGCUACCAAGAUCAACGUCACGGAGAUGAUCAAGAGCAAAAAUUACCUGGCUCUGCGCAGUCGAUCUGGACGCUCUAUUGUCAAUGGACAAUGGGCCAUUGACAGGCCUGGGAAGUAUGAGGGGGUGGGCACCAUGUUCACUUACCGCCGGCCCAAUGAGAUCAGUAGUACAGCUGGGGAGUCUCUGCUGGCUGAGGGGCCCACCAAUGAGAUUUUGGAUGUCUAUAUGAUCUACCAGCAGCCCAAUCCUGGUAUACACUAUGAAUUCUUACUUCCUGCAGAGAAUCCACAACUUCCACAAGAGACCAAGAAUGAGGGGAACACUUUGGAUGGCGAGGAUGCAUACAUGCAUCCUGAAAGCUCAGACCAGGAGGGGUACCAUCACCCCCGACAGGAACCUAACAACCAGGUGCUCCGACGGCAUCAGGAACAUGCCUGGAAGCGGCUCGGCUUUACAGACUGCACAGUCUCUUGCGGCAGAGGCUCCAGGCAUACAGUGUUCCGCUGUGUCCAUAGUGCCACCCUCCAGCCUGUGACCGACAGCUUGUGUGACAGAACCACCCGGCCCAGCCCCCAGGAGGAGCCCUGCAACGUGGAACCCUGUCCUGCCUUCUGGGACAUCGGCGAAUGGUCUGAGUGCAGCCGCACCUGCGGCCCGGGCCAGCAGCAUCGGCAGGUGCUCUGCAGGCAGACCUACGCGAACCGGACCCUGAACGUGCACACAGGCCGAUGCCAGCACCUGGAGCGGCCGGAGACCACCACCACCUGUCAGCUCAGGAUCUGCAGCGAGUGGCAGAUUCGCAGCGACUGGAGCACGUGCUCUGUCCCCUGCGGGGUGGGUCAGAGGUCACGGGAGGUACGCUGCAUCAGCAAUGUGGGCGACUCUGUGGCUGAGGAGGAGUGCAACACGAAGCUGCGACCAGGCGACAUGGAGAACUGUGACAUGGGCCCCUGUGCCAAGAGCUGGUUCUUUACCGAAUGGGCCAGCCGGUGCUCGGCAGAUUGCGGAUUCGGGGUGAAGACCCGUGGCGUCCUCUGCUUGACCAAUCACGUUAGCAGCUUGCCGCUGGAUGGCUGUGGGCCAGAGCGCCCCCCAGAGUCCCAAGUUUGUAACAACGGGCCGUGUGAGAAUCAAAUAGAGUGGUUUACGGGACAGUGGAGUCAGUGCUCUGCAGAGUGCGGGCACGGCCGGCAGCAGAGGGAGGUGGUGUGCCUGAUGAAGUCUGACAAGGGUUUCUCACUUCUGCCCCCUUAUGAGUGCUCCUCCCUGGACCAACCCCCCACCCAGCAGAGCUGCCAGUCCAAGGCGUGCAGCGCCAAGUGGUACCACACUGACUGGAGUUCUUGCUCCAAGACAUGUGAAGGCGGGUUCCGGGUUCGAGAGGUACGCUGCCUCUCGAAUGACAUGGUGCCCAGCGAGGCCUGUGAUGCACGGCUACGUCCAGAAGAACGAGAGAGCUGCAGCCCGGAGCCCUGUGCCCCAGAGAUCGAUGAGAACUGUCGAGACAAAUACUAUAACUGCAAUGUGGUCGUUCAGGCUCGGCUGUGCGUGUACACUUACUACCAGACGACCUGCUGUGCGUCCUGUACCCGGGGGGCCCAGCGGCACCCGGGGUACUGGGGGACCAGAUGACUCUUCGCCCUGGGGGUGUCAAAACCUUCUCUGGACCAGAGGGGACAGUACAGAUGAUGUGGGUGUGCAGCUGCAGCAAUUUUCAGAAAAUACUCUAAUAAGCGAGAAGCACCUUGGGCCGACUUAAGGAGGGACGACAAUACACAGACACAAAGGACAAAACUGAAAGUCUUCUCCUUCAGUGCUGCAGUGUUAGUGAAUCAUCCGGACUCUUGGCUGGGAAUCAGAGCUGAGCGAGAGAGAGAGAGAGAGGGAGAGAGGGAGAGAGAGCAGGAGAAAGCUGUGCCCAUCACUCACCUGAGCCUCAGAGCACCUGGGAAACAGAACUCACAGAAAUCCUGGUGUGGACACAUUCUUCAGGGGAUCUGGGGUUAGCUUGAGAGGGAGUGGAAGUGUUGUUGUUCAUUGGGAAGAUUUCGCAAAGUUCACACUCAAGGACUCAUUUUUUUAAAAUUCCAAUAUGUAUAAACUGUAUAGUUUUUGUAUGUCAUGCCUGUAUUUAUAAAAUGGUGCGUUAUAUACAAAUGCCAAAUUUUCUUAAAUGUUUAUUAAACUGAUCACAAUUUAUUGUUCCUGAACUAAUUUUAUUACAAUGGCUCAAGUUGCCCAUCAUUGGCCUUCAAUGUUGGGCACAAAGAUUGAAUAACAGUUAAUUUAUUUUGCAUUAUUGGAGCACAUCCUGAAAAGGUCAUUUUGUUCUCUGCAGCACUUCUCAGCUGAAAAUAAGUCCCAGUUUUGCCAUUUGUGAAAUAAAGUCACUGCAUUAAGUCACUUUAA